UCUUUCUCUCUCCCCCGCCCCUGCCAUCCUGACUCCCUAAGGUUUUCUAUAGUACUAUGCUCUCACUCGCAACUUUGAACACUUCUUUAACCUUUCCAUCCCUGUUCUUCAGUCGGGUCUCGGUCCCUCCACUCCCAUUUUUAUACUCCUUGUCCUUCUUUCUUUUUUGUCCCCUCCCCCAAUUCUAUCUCUAUUCCUAGGACUCUGCCAAUCACAUUCGUGCACUGUGAUUUAGGGGCAUAUCCUCUUUUUAGCUGAGAGGGGAACCCUACACUCAUUGCCAUAUGUUUAUUAGUUAUGAACUGAAUAAAGGAAGGCUUGACUUCCUGGGUCAUGGAAGUGAAGGAGUCUGGGUGACAGGAAGCAAGCGGCCUGUCAUGCUUAUUGCUUAGCUGUCAGAUUAACCUUGCCUUGAAAAUAACGUGAUUGCCCCACAGGCUGUUCGGUGUAAGGAAGACAAAAAUUCCUUGGGAACCUACCUACCCAGUGGGUUUGCCUUCCAGAUUUGAUAGACGAAAAAAGCAAGGGGGGACAUGGGCAAAGGAAGAUUUGAUGAAAAAGAAAAUGUGUCCAACUGCAUCCAGUUGAAAACCUCAGUUAUUAAAGGUAUUAAGAAUCAAUUGAUAGAGCAAUUUCCAGGUAUUGAACCAUGGCUUAAUCAAAUCAUGCCUAAGAAAGAUCCUGUCAAAAUAGUCCGAUGCCACGAACAUAUAGAAAUCCUUACAGUAAAUGGAGAAUUACUGUUUUUUAGACAAAGAGAGGGGCCUUUUUAUCCAACUCUAAGGUUACUUCACAAAUAUCCUUUUAUCCUGCCACACCAACAGGUUGAUAAAGGAGCCAUCAAAUUUGUACUCAGUGGAGCAAAUAUCAUGUGUCCAGGAUUAACUUCUCCUGGAGCUAAGCUUUAUCCUGCCGCAGUAGAUACCAUUGUUGCGAUCAUGGCAGAAGGAAAACAGCAUGCUCUGUGUAUUGGAGUCAUGAAGAUGUCUGCAGAAGAUAUAGAGAAAGUCAACAAAGGAAUUGGCAUUGAAAAUAUCCAUUAUUUAAAUGAUGGGCUGUGGCACAUGAAGACAUAUAAAUGAACCUCAGAAGGAAUGCAUUUGGGCUAAAUAUGGAUAUUGUGCUAUAUCUGUGUUUGUGUCUGUGUGUGACAGCAUGAAGACAAUGCCUCUAUGGUUAUGCUGAAUAAAUUCAAUAGAUGCUAAAA